CGCUUUCUCUAUCCCUCUAGCUAGCUAGAGCUAGCUAGCCAUCUCUUCUUCGGUGUUUCUGUUCCCGGUAGCUAGCUAGCUAUUCCUGCUACCGACCGCCUUUGUGUUUUUCAUACCUCACAGCUCAUUACGGAUAUUGACUAGCGGAAGGUAAAAAUGGGUGCGUUUUUGGACAAGCCAAAGAUGGAGAAGCAUAACGCGCACGGGGACGGAAACGACCUGCGCUACGGCCUGAGCAGCAUGCAGGGCUGGAGGGUGGAGAUGGAGGACGCGCACACGGCCGUCAUCGGCCUCCCCAACGGACUCGACCCCUGGUCCUUCUUCGCCGUGUACGACGGGCACGCCGGCUCGCAGGUGGCCAAGUACUGCUGCGAGCACCUGCUGGAGCACAUCACCAACAACCCCGACUUCAAGGGCGGCGACCAGGAGCCGUCGGUGGAGAGCGUGAAGAGCGGCAUCCGCACGGGCUUCCUGCAGAUCGACGAGCACAUGCGGGCCAUCUCCGAGAAGAAGCACGGCGUGGACCGGAGCGGCUCCACGGCCGUCGGGGUGAUGAUCUCGCCCAAGCACGUCUACUUCAUCAACUGCGGGGACUCCCGCGGCCUGCUGAGCCGCGGCGGCAAGGUGCACUUCUUCACGCAGGACCACAAGCCCAGCAACCCGCUGGAGAAGGAGCGCAUCCAGAACGCCGGGGGCUCCGUCAUGAUCCAGCGCGUAAACGGCUCGCUGGCCGUGUCCCGGGCCCUGGGCGACUUUGAUUACAAAUGCGUGCACGGGAAAGGCCCCACGGAGCAGCUGGUCUCGCCCGAGCCCGAGGUGUAUGAGAUCGAGAGGUCAGAGUCCGAUGACGAGUUCAUCGUCCUGGCCUGCGAUGGCAUCUGGGAUGUAAUGGCCAACGAGGAACUCUGUGACUUUGUCAGGUCCAGGCUAGAGGUGACGGAUGAUCUUGAGAAGGUCUGCAAUGAGAUUGUCGACACUUGUUUGUACAAGGGAAGCCGGGACAACAUGAGCGUGGUGUUGAUCUGCUUUCCUGGAGCGCCCAAGGUAUCUCCAGAAGCUGUGAAGAGAGAGGCGGAGCUGGAUAAGUACCUGGAGAGCAGAGUAGAAGAGAUCAUUAAGAAGCAGGGAGACGAAGGAGUGCCCGACUUAGUCCAUGUGAUGCGUACAUUAGCAACGGAGAGCAUCCCAAAUCUCCCGCCCGGUGGAGAACUGGCCAGCAAACGGAGCGUAGUCGAAGCAGUAUACAACAGACUCAACCCGUAUAGGGGCGAUGACACAGACCCUAUCAUCCUCUUCUUCCGUGGUUUCAACUAAAUGGGAACAAAUGGGAUGACGUCCACAAAUCCACAGCCGUUACUUUUCCUUUGUUUUUCGUUGUCAGUAAUGUGGUGCUAUGAGUGGUCCUAUGUUGACGUAAGCACACAGUUAGGAGGGAACUCAUUGACCCAUAAUGAACCCAAUGGACCCUGCUGGUACGAAGAGUGCAUAAGUGUGACCACAAUGUGAUCAUCCACACAAGUAGGUACAGAUUAUUUUCCACUGAGUCAUUGUUUGCAUGCUUACUUUAGAGAGGCAACACAAUUAACCAAAACACACCGAAAAACAAACCAGAUACACUGGACCAUUCACGUUGUUUUGAUCUGAUGUGAAGUACACAAAGCAGUGGAGCUGGUUGUAAUCGUUCACUUAAUGCAGAAGCCCACGCUGAUGGACAGUGAUUUGCUCGUUGCAAGAGGGAGCAGUUUAAUUAGCUAUGUUGUUAAUACCACACAUGGGAAUUAUGGCAUUUAAGGAGACGAAAGGCUAAAUGUAUUGUAUGGUAGACAAUGAGGUAGAUACUUGGAAAUGGCCAUCAGUCAUUUGAGUUCUUCACACACACACACACACACACACAGGCGCAGACACACACAUAUAUCCAUAGCCUAGCCUAUUUUCCCAAGACAUCUUAUGAGGGUAAAGAUAUUUUUGGAUAUACUAUGGAUGUACUCUAACAGAUACAACAAACAUAAUUUUAGAGUAAAGUAGGUUGUAAUGUUUAUGAACACAAGAAAGGCAUUUAUGAUCCAAGACCAACAUUCCCUGAUAAGUACAUAAAGUAUCUUUUUCCUGACUGAUCCUAUCACCUCUCUGUUCCAAUUCAGAUUCCCCUCUCCCCAAUUCAGACCAUUAAGCACUUCUUCACUAAAUAAAUAUAACUGCCGCAUCUCAGGUAUAAAUGCAUCUCUAGAAUGGGUUUGAGCAGUACGCUACACAAUGGUGGCAAAUGAUGAUAGCCCCAAUUAAUACUGCUGGCAUCUGUAUGAUUCUGGUGCUGUUAAAUGCAGUCUUAAGCAUUAUUACUGCAGGUGUCAGGGGUCUGGCAAUUUUGGGAACUAGCAGCAUCAAAAUCACAAAAGGCUAAGAAAAUAGUGAAUUUUUUUUAGACAUUCAGUUUUAUUUAAGUAGUUAGUCAGCUUCGUUCUCAGCUUUACUAAUUGUAUUUUAUUUAUUUUGAUUAAUGGAAAUAUUCUAUUUAAUGAAUAGUCUACUUAAAUGUACAGGUCAAUUUCUGGGUUUUUAGAAAAAAAAAAAUUAUUUCAGUAUUGGCGUGUGUUAAAAAUUGACCCAGGCAGUUUCUGUUUGCAAUGAUGGAUAUUUUAGUUACUUAGAAUGUGCCGGAUUUAAAAUGGCUGGUAUAGGGACAUUCAGGAGUUUGUGGUUUAAAUAAUGAAAAUACACUUCACAUAUCUCCAUAGCAGCUUGUAAAGCAAAAUUAGGGCUCCAGAGGUUGCACAUGUGCUUAUUACCUGACUAUUCUUCAAAAAUUACAUUUAAUAUAAUUUUCAUUCAAAACUAUCCCCCUAUAACAGCCAUUGCUCCAAUCAGCUGUAACUAUGGAAACUAUGGAAACACACUUGCUAGGGCUGGGCUGAUAUUAAGCGAAAUUAAAAACGCUGCAUUGUGUUCGUAUGGAAAAUAUGGCAAAAUAACACAAUGGAACGUGACAUGAUUCAUAAUUUGUGUAAUAUUUGAAUUUUGCAGCGUAUUGCUGUUCUCAUUAUGUGGUGAAGUACCUACAGAGGGCACCCUGGAGGGCACCACUUUUCCGUUUUGUACCACAGGUACUCUACUCUGGCCCCUCACUUCCCACCGGUCUGCCUGCCCACAGUUGCCCAUGCUGUUACUGCGGUUUUGGCAUUUAAAGCAGGGAAUUUCCAUUCUACUCCAGUUGAAUUAGAUACACUGUAAACAUAUUCUCAACCAUUUUCCUCAUGUUGGCAGCUGUAAAUAAAUUGUGUACCUAAUCCCAAAGUUAGGACUUCAGAACUGCCCACAGACUAAUUUUUCUCUAACCCAACUUCCAAUGGUCCAUGAUCCAGCAUAUAUCCAUAGCUGUAUCCAUAUACAUACAAAACAAUUAGUGUAUUUUGUGCAAAAAGGAAAUAAAAAUUUUUAAAAACUUGAAAGUAACUGUAGGUUCCAGACUAUAGGGUACAGAGGAGCCAGGCGGCCCUCUGCUCAGUUUGACAAUGAGCCGUUGUAGGACAGGUAUAGUAUACUGCACCACUUGGGUUGUGCCUUUUCAGGAUGAAGGAAAAAGUAUGUGACAUUUAAAAAUGGCUAAAUAAAUGAAAGCUAUUAUGAAUUUUGGUAGAGGUGGGGAACAGACUGAAGAAUACCUACAGAGCUUAACUUUCAUCCAGCGGAGAGCAAAAUGAACUGGCGGGACAGCUUCAGUACAACAACCUUUCUUCUAAAAAGGAUUCCAAAUGAAUUCAUGGUGCUAAUGAGAGAUGUGCAUUACUGUUGUGACAUUAAAACAUCCCUCUCAGCAAUCUCAGACUACAAAUAGGGACUCAAACUACACCUUACUGUCGUAUGACAUUACCACAGUCCACGGGGAGCACCUAAAGGUCUAACAGGUUCCUGUAUUAAAAUGUACUGUAUCUAAGUGUUCUCUUGGGACAUAUUCGGGGCAUGUAUUUACAUUGCAUCGAAUACUAUGGGGGUAAAAUCCAGUGUUCACAAAGUGCCCCAGGCCAGCCCUUUUCUCAGUCCCUGUACUGUUUUGCAUAUUUGUGAAAUCUAAGUUAGGCAUUUGAUUACUGCUCAGAACAGUACUUUAAUGUAAUCUUUAAUAAAAGUGCUGUUGCUCUAAGAAUUCAUUUUAAUGUAGUGUAUUAGCUGAGGGAAUUUUUGUCAAAGAUGUCCAGCGAUGUCCUCAGAAAAGCAUCUUUUAAGAACCAUAAACAAAAGAUUCAUUUUCUGUGUGAUGUUGCAGUCUUCUCAACACAUGCGGUCACUAUUCAAAUAAAAUCCAAAUGAAAAGA